AUGGCGUCAACCAAGGAUAUGCGUCGGGCGGAGCUCGCGAUCCCCUAUGUCGACCCGCCCAAGAAAGGCGAUGAGGCCGACAUGUCCAGCACCAUGUCAAGCACCAUGCCAAUGGCUGCGAUGUUCACACGGAACCGUAUGAUUGGAUGGGUUUCCUUCGUCUUUUCCCUCCAGUCCUGGCUGGCUGAGUCGCCCGAGCAGAAGAAGACUGCUUCCACUCCGGCUUACAUGUCGGUCUUCAUGUCUUUGAUGGCGCUGGUCGUUACCUACUUCCCUAUCUUUAUGCCUCCACAGGUGAAGGGCGGCACCACUUCGGUCCCCGCGGCCUAA